GUCACCACCACCACCACCAUGCCAUUAUCGGCGGCGCUCUCACCGCCGAUCCUCUCUCUCUUCCCUCAAUCCCAACUCCUACACCAAUCAAACCUCCACCUCUCUCACAAUCUCACUCCAUUUCUCAAACCCAAACGACUCUCCACUCCCCGAUUGGCCGCCCGGCGAAGCCCUAACUACCCUCCGGGCGGCGCCGGCGAUGGCUUCGUCGACGAUCCUCGGAGCUGGAGCCGCAACAUAAACUCGGAGAUUGACCGUCCCUUCGGGUUUGACGAAGAAGACGAUGAAGACGAGGACGAGGAUGACGAGGAAGAUCGGAGUUUGGAUCUGUUGGUGAGGUUUGUGCAGAAUGUGUUCAAGAAGGUCUCUAAGCGAGCCCGGAGGGCCGUCCGAUCGGUUCUUCCGGUCGCGAUCCCAACCAAGUUGGUGGGGUUUUCUGUGAAUGGGGUGCUAAUGCUGGCGUUUUUGUGGGUGUUGAAGGCAUUUCUUGAGGUCAUCUGCACCCUUGGUAGCCUAGUCUUUGUAAGCAUCUUACUCAUUCGUGGGAUCUGGAUUGGAGUGGCUUAUUUUCAAGAAAAUCGCAACCACAAAAUCGGCAAUUUUGAAGAUGAAAGCCGCCCAUGGACUGGCACACAGCCUGCCUCCUGAUACAUACUCUUAAGAAGGAUUCUUCAGUUUACAAUCUUACACAGAAAAUAAGAGCAUCCAUAAAAGGAGGACUGCUCGACAUCAGGGAUGAUGAGAAGAUAAUGUCAGAAGGCUAUUGAGCAUAAACUCUCAUCUCACAAAUGAAGAUAACUUCCUGCCUGAACAGGUGGGCUAGAUAUUCAUGUAAUCCUGUGAUACUGAUUGACCAACCAAGUGUAUAAAGCCAGGAAGAAAUGUAGCCAUAUAUUUCUCCUGUAUGAUACACAUCAGAUUCACAGUUAUAAUGUCAAAACUAGAAGCGGCCGUGGUGCCUUCUUUCAUUUUCAGCUCUCAUUGCUAUACUGGACCCCCUAUAUUGCUUUGCACACAAAAUUUGCGAGGCUAUUUGUAUUCCUUUGCACGCAUUGUUCUGAAUCUAGCAUAAAUGCAUCACUAUC